AUGGACUUCACCAACUCGGGCGGGUUCCCCUCUCGCCGCUCCUACCCCAACCUAAAUCACGUCUCGCUUGCUCCACUUACACCCCGGUUCCCCAUCGACGACGACAUCGAGCCCGAAGACUACUUCAACACCCGCCACGGCACCACCGAUCGUGAUGCCCACGACCACACAGCCAGCGGUAGCAGAACACCACCACGAACCUCCUAUCUCUCCAGCGUCUCCGUACCCAGCACACCGCCCAUACUCUCGCACUCACGCAGCUCAUCGCGCACCCGCCAUGCCCGAAGCAAAAGCUCAACCCGAGCCGGCCUACUAAGCGAUACGAAUCUACACAGUAAAGAAGUCACCCUGGCACUACACCACCACCAAGCCUCGCACAAGAAACAGACUGUUUCCACACACGCACGGCGCCAAUUCGGCGAUGCAUCCUCCAAGUCCGACGCGGAAUGGAUGCUUCGCGCAGGUAUAGCGCUUGCCUCAUCCACCCGCGAGGAAAAAGGUCAAAGCUGGCUCUCCAAGCGCGAGAGCUCAACUAGUCUCGUCGACAUGUCCCUCGACGACGCCACGACUCCACACCCCCAACGCCACCACCACCGUACUAAAUCGGGCGCCUCGUCACGCAAGUCUCGCUCGGGAACUUCCACGCCGGCGGCGUAUUCCCGCCGUAGCUCGCGCUCGCGUGGUGGUAGUCGACGGGGUAGUCGGGCCGGGUUGACGAUGACGACUAUCCCGCCGCUUUCAUCUGCGUCGUCCACGGGGGCGGGAGGGAAAGCCCCCAGUCCUGGAGUCGGUACUAUGAGUCCCGUAUCCCGGGGUCGGGGGUCGGGAUUGGUACCUGAUUUCGUGGACGAGCGUAUCCGUGCGGAAAUGGCGUCGUUGCAGCGGGAGCGCGGGUUCUCGGAUGAUGAAUCUGAGUUCUGGGAUGGCGAGGACGAUAGUGAUUCUGAGUAUGAUUCGUUCUCGGAUGAUACCCCAGAUGAAUUCGAUGAGGCGGAUUUGCAGCGGCUCACGCGUGAACGUGGGUUUGGACUUGGUAGCUGGAUUGAUCGGUUGGUUGAGUGGACGUUGUUUGGGGUAGAGGAGUGGCCGGCUCCUGCUCCUGCUUCUGCUACGAGGAUUGGGACGGCUGCGACGUCGACGAUUGUCACGUUUGAGGAGGGUCCGCAUGUCCGAUCCGAAGUGGAGGAGCGGGCUCAUGAUACGUUGUCGCUGGCAUCUGCUGAAGAUGAUGACGCGGAUGCCCUCUCUCAUACGGAUGGAGAGUCCGUGGGGAGCGUCGAGAAGCCUGGUACUCAAGGUGGAUGGGAAGAUGCGGGUUGGUUAUUCCGGGUCAUGAAGCGUGCUUUGAUUUGA